AUGGCCUCCCGUGUCCUUGUCUCUGGUCUCCCUCGGUCCCUCCCUCCCCUUCCUCCGGGGCCUGCCCCCACCUGCAUUCCCUGCGUCGAGGGCCGGCAGCGCGCCGCUCCUCACUCCUCCGAGUUUCCUCCGACAGAGGCUCCACUGCAGACUCUUCACAUGGACGUGUGGAGCCCAGCCCGCGUCCGUGGACAGGGUCACGAGCGUUACUUCCUGCUGGUUGUUGACGACUACUCGCGUUACACCACGGUCUUCCCCUUGCGCCGCAAGGGUGAGGUCACUGAGGUGUUGAUCGACUGGAUCCGCGCUGCUCGUCUCCAGCUCAGAGAGAGUUUCGGCUCGGACUUUCCUGUUGUGCGUCUGCACUCAGACAGAGGUGGAGAGUUUUCCUCCGACCUUCUGCGAGCCUUCUGUCGGGCGGAGGGCAUCCGCCAGACGUUCACGCUUCCGGCCUCUCCACAGCAAAAUGGGAUUGCUGAGCGCCGCAUUGGCAUGGUCAUGGAUGUCGCUCGUACAUCCAUGAUCCAUGCGGCUGCUCCCCAUUUUCUGUGGCCGUUCGCGGUUCAGUACGCGGCGCAUCAGAUCAACCUCCAGCCCCGGGUCUCCAUGCCGGAGACCACCCCCACUCUGCGGUGGACGGGGAAGGUUGGCGAUGCGUCUGCGUUCCGUGUGAGGAGAUCUCGAGCUUUCGUCCGCGACUUGUCUGCGGACAAGCUGUCCUCCCGUGCCGUUCCCUGCGUCUUCCUUGGCUUCCCCCCUAACGCGGCUGGUUGGCAGUUUUACCACCCCACCUCGCGCCGUGUUCUGUCCUCUCAGGACAUCACGUUUGACGAGUCGGUUCCUUACUACCGUCUCUUCCCCUACCGCACUGCCCCCCUCCCCCCUCCGCCGCUCUUCCUCGUGCCAGGUACUCCUCCGGUAGACCCCCUUCCCCCUCAGGGUCCUGCCCCCUCAGGUGUGUCUCAGGUAGACGCAGUCGAGCCUGUUGAGGUAGCUGUUGACUCUGGUGCUGCUAGGGGUGCUGAGCCUGAGGGUGCUGAGCCUGGGGGUGCUGAGCCUGGGGAUGCUGAGCCUGGGGUUGCUGAGUCUGGGGGUGCUGAGACUGGAGGUCCUCCGAGUGUCCCGUCGCGGCAGGAGCCCCUCUCUCCACGGCAGCUUCGUGAGUGGUACGCUCGGCGCUGUAGCCGUGCUGCUGGAGCUGGGGGGGCUACUGCUGGAGGUGCUGCUGGUGCUGGAGCUGCUGGAGGUGCUGCUGGUGCUGGAGCUGCUGGAGGUGCUGCUGGUACUGGAGCUGCUGGUGGUGCUGCUGGAGGUGCUGCUGGUGCUGGAGCUGCUGGAGGUGCUGCUGGUGCUGGAGCUGCUGGAGGUACUGCUGGUGCUGGAGCUGCUGGAGGUGCUGCUGGUGCUGGAGCUGCUGGAGGUGCUGCUGGUGCUGGAGCUGCUGGAGGUGCUGCUGGUGCUGGAGCUGCUGGAGCCGCUGGUCCUGGAGGUGCUCGUACUGGAGGUACUGGAGCUACUGGGACUGGAGCUGCUGCGGGAGUUGGAGCUGGAGGUGCUGGAGCUGCUGGAGCUGCUGGUGGUGCUGCAAGAGUUGUAGCUGGAGACCCUGGAGCUGAGGGUGCUGGUGCUAUCUCUGCUGGUUCAGGAGGUGCUGCGCGGCCGCGGCCGUACUACGUUCCGCUCCUUCAGCAGGUUCUUGGCCUCCCGCCCUCUACUGGUCCUACUCCUCCCCUACUGAGUCCACUGCCUGUCCAGUCGCAGUCACAGUUACAGCCAGCCUCGCCCUGCCUGGUCCUUCUCCUUACGCUGGACCGACUAGAGCGUGUCCCUCUGCCGUCUCCUCCUGUGUCCUCUCUUCCUGACAGUCCGGACCCGGAGUCUGACUCCCUUUGUGCUGCCAGUCCUACUGUCAUGCGUUUCCUAGCCACUGUUGUCACUGACCCUUCCUUUGAGUCCACUGCUGCGUCUGCUCUAGUUCCUGAGCUUGUUGACUUUGCUGCCGUCUGUCGUCUAGACUACGCCGCUAGCCUUGUUGCUGAGUCUGAGUCUGUCUGUCCUCCGUCCGUCGGGGGUGAGUGUACUCUUGGCACGGACGUCCUUGAGGACAGACAGGAGGAGUUUGAGUGCUUUGCCGCUGCUUUACCUCAUCUCGUGUCCAUGCUGAUUGCCCCUGAGGGAGACCCGGAUGCACCAGACAUCCCAACCCUGCGCUCUUACGCAGAGGCGAUAGAGGGUCCCUACUCCUCUCAGUGGCAGUCAGCCAUGGACGCAGAGAUGGCUUCCUGGAAGUCUACAGGCACCUACGUCGACGAGGUUCCCCCACCUGGGGCGAACAUCGUCAGUGGCAUGUGGAUUUUCAGGGUGAAGCGGCCGCCGGGUUCUCCGCCUGUCUUCAAGGCGCGUUACGUUGCACGAGGCUUCAGUCAGCGUGAGGGAGUUAACUUCUUCCAGACCUUCUCCCCUACCCCGAAGAUGACCACUCUUCGGGUUCUGCUGCACGUCGCCGCUCAGCGUGACUACGAGCUCCACUCUCUUGACCUCAGCACUGCUUUCCUACAGGGCAGCCUGCACGAGGAGAUCUGGCUGCGCCGCCCACCUGGCUUCACUGGGUCGUUUUCUCGUGGUACCCAGUGGAGCCUCCGGCGGCCAGUCUACGGUCUCCGCCAGGCACCCCGUGAGUGGCACGACACACUGAGGACGACUCUUGCUGCUCUUGGGUUUGCUCCUUCUACUGCUGACCCGUCGCUGUUUCUACGCACCGACACCACUCUGCCGCCGUUCUACGUUCUCGUGUACGUAGACGACUUGGUCUUUGCCACUGCUGACACUGAGGCACUUGCCCACGUGAAGUCGGAACUGCAGAAGAGACACACGUGCACAGACCUGGGUGAGCUGACAAGCUAUCUUGGCUUGCGGAUCACCCGGGACAGAGCACAGCGCACCAUUACCUUGACUCAGUCACACAUGGUGCAGCAGGUCCUUCAGCGCUUCCGCUUCACGUACUCCUCGCCACAGUCCACUCCUCUGCCUACUCGCCACUCGCUCUCAGCUCUGCCUUCGGAUGAGUCGGUAGAGCCGAGUGGCCCGUAUCCAGAGCUUGUGGGCUGCCCCAUGUACCUGAUGACCUGCACUCGACCUGACCUAGCCUACCCUCUUAGCAUCCUAGCACGCUAUGUCGCUCCUGGCCGACACAGGAAGGAGCACAUGGAUGCUGCUAAGAGGGUGUUGCGCUACUUGUGCAGUACGUCGGGCAUGGGGCUCGUGCUUGGAGGGCGAGGUCCAGUGGUCCUCACUGGUCACGCAGACGCUUCUUGGGCUGACGACUUGGCUACGCAGCGGUCGUCACAGGGUUACACCUUCAGCCUUGGUUCCGGCUCUGUUUCGUGGCGGUCUACCCGCUCGUCUUCUGUUCUCAGCUCCAGCUGUGAGGCUGAGAUCUACGCAGGGGCCAUGGCUGCACAGGAGUUACGCUGGCUCACCUACCUGCUGACCGACCUGGGAGAGCCGCCUCGUUCUCCUCCAGUUCUGUACGUAGACAACAAGGCCAUGCUGGCCUUGUGUCAGGAGCACAGACUGGAGCACAGAACGAAGCACAUUGCUCUUCGCUACUUCCUUGCACGUGAGCUGCAGUAG